CCUGUUUCCGCCAGCGUGUGCAGCACUGUACAUGAAUGUCCCGUUCUGUUCAUGCUCUGGACUAUUGGAGAAGAAGUUGUGCGAUAUAAGCACUCAUGUACCACCACUCAAAGGUACGCGGAGGCCUCCGAUGAGGCUUUGAAACCGAUGGACGUUGUCGCACGUGUUACACUGAACGGGCAGCUAGUCAUGCGCGCGCGGGUGAAAAGAGCACGUCUGGCUCAGAGGCGCGGGUGCCAUCAAAGCAACUCGAUUCAUUCGACCCCAUCUAUCCAUUCAUAUCCGCACAUUGCUGUUGAAUCAUGGCCUGGUCGGUACAGAACAGUACAUGCGUACAUGGUGGCUGUGUGGUGGAUGGUUGAGUGGAUGGACGGAUGGAAGCAGGUCAGAGAACCCAGUGCUGAGGGGCGAUCGACUUGGUCAUGUCACGGCGCCGUGUCCCUCACAACGCCCACCUCGUCCGUGGGGCCUGUAGCUGUCGCUGUAUCACUCUGCCGCAUGCGAAAGCUGCAUCUCGUAGGCUUGUACACACAGCAUGGCGACCGAUAG